AUGUCUCGCUUCCCGUCCCAUACCCUGCAGUAUGUCUACAGCAGUUCAUCAGGGAUACCGAACCUCCCAGAGUUUAUGACCAUAGGGCUGGUGGACGAUCUUCAGAUUCAGUAUUUAUUGCAACAUUUGCAAUUGCAACAAGUUACAGCCGAGGCUGGACACCCUGCAGAAGCCUGUUUGAAAUGCUGUGAAAAUGACGCCCAGAGGAUGAAACCGGAUCAAACCUGCCUGCUAAUUCUCUCCUCUUUCAGUUCAGGUAUCCACACAUUUCAGCAGAUGUACGGCUGUGAGUGGGAUGAUGAAACUGGGGCCACAGUUGGUUAUGAUCAACAUGGUUAUGAUGGGAGUGACUUCCUGAUUUUAGAUUUCAAGACCCUGAGCUUUGUGGCUCUAUUGCAGCAGGCAUUUCUUACUACACAAAAUGCCUACUAUACCCAGAUCUGCAUUGAGUAGCUGAAAAAGUACGUGAGCUAUGGGAAGAGCACACUGGAGAGGACAG